AGAAACGAAACGUCGACGCGUAAAAGUACUUUUGUGUUGCUUGCUUUCGCAAAAUCCAAAUUUAAGUAUUUUAAGUGCAUUUUAUUUAAUUAAAUUUACGCUUUAUAAAUGUAGUAAAGUUCAGUGCAAAUCAAUCACAUAAAAUACAAGUGAAAGCACAAGGAUUUGUGAAGAAAACGGCAUAGAAACUUUUCACGAUUAGCAAGACGACGCAUUUUUCUAUUGGUUGCAUGAACAUAAUUUUCUUUGUACAUACUUCACUUCAUUGUAUAUGGGAGUGAGUGAGAGUGUGUGAGUGAAGUAUGCAGCGAGUUUUUUCGUGGUGUAUUAAAUCUAUAUGUGCGUGUGUGUAUGAAGACGAUUAAAGUGGUGAAUUAAUGAGGCACACAAGAGCUGAACAGCAGCAAGGCACAACGACGGUACAACAACUCUUCUCGAGUGGUUUGAUUAGUUUUCGAAAAUACGCGGCGGCGGGCGAGCGAACGAGCGAGUGAAGUUUAGUGAAUAGAAAAGAAAUAUGUAACAAGUAUACAAAUAACAACAACAAAAAAGAAAGAAACCCCUUCAACAUAACAAAGCCUGCCAUACCACAAACCAAAAAGAAAAUGUUGAGAAAUUCAUCGCCUACUACCUACUAUGCAAUGAAAAAAUUAGAAAAAUAAAAUGGAAAAUUUACAUGAAACAAAAAAAUACACACAAAAGAAAGCACAAGACAGCGAUAAUAAAGCAAGAAAUAAAUAAAAUAAAAUAGCAAAAUAAUAAGAAAAAAAUCGUUGAUAUGCAAGCAAUUUUCGUUUUGAGAAAACCAAGAUAACGUUUACAAAGAGUGCAUACAAUAUAAGAAAAUAGCAGUGCAUGAUCGUAGCUGAAAAAUAGCAAAAAAAAGUGCAACAAAUAAAAAGAAACACAUUUAAUCGACAAAUGCCAAUUUAGAAGCGAAAGAAGAAUUUGCAAAAUAACAAUAAACAACAUUUGGAAACUAACAGCACCCACAUACGCCCUAAAUUGGUGGCCGUUACCGUUGGCCGACUGUGGUUCAAACCAAAAACAAAACAGUGUCGACAUUCGCAUAAAGGAAUUUUAGCCAAUUUUCUUGAAACAUUCGAGGAAAUCUGAAACGAAUACCAGCGACUGGUACAGAGAUUCGUAAAAAAGCAUUGCCUCUGCACAACUAAUGGAUCCAUAUCAUCAUAUACGUCAACAUUAUCAACCACCCUCUAGGCCAGAACUGCAUCAAAAAUGCAAUCGCGGUUCACAUUCCAGUGAUACAAGUUCAGCAUACAGUGGCAGUGAUACCAUGGCAUCCGUUUACGGUUCAUCACUGGACGGUGAGGAGAUUGACUUCUCCGGUUUGGUAGAGUCUACAGUCGAUUCCGAUGAAGAAGAUUUGGCUGAAUCUAUGGACAGCCUUAAUGUCCGCGAUGCCGUUCGUGAUUGUUUGGAAAAGGAUCCCUCUGAACGCACCGAAGAAGAUGUCGAAAUUCUACUCGAAUUCACUCAAGGUCUUAAGGCUUUCACCAACAUUACAUUGGCCGUUAGACGAGCUCUAUGCUCGGUUAUGGUCUUUGCAGUGGUGGACAAGGCCGGUACUGUGGUCAUGUCCGACGGCGAAGAAUUGGACUCUUGGUCUGUGCUCAUUAAUGGCGUGGUGGAAAUCGAGCAUGCCAAUGGAGAACGCGAUGAGCUACAGGUGGGCGAUUCCUUUGGCAUACUGCCCACCAUGGAUAAAUUGUAUCACAAGGGUGUUAUGCGUACCAAAUGUGAUGACUGUCAAUUUGUUUGCAUCACUCAAACCGACUACUAUCGCAUACAACACCAGGGAGAGGAGAACACUAGACGCCAUGAGGACGAGGAUGGUCGGGUGGUUAUGGUAACAGAACUUCGACAGAUUGGCAGCAAUGAUGCCACCGGCAGUGCGGCAACACAGAGUGCCAAUCACAAUGCCAAUGCCAAACGGGGUCAUGUCGUCAUUCGAGGGACACCUGAACGUUUGUUGCAGCAACUGGUCGAGGAAAAUUCCAUGACCGAUCCCUUCUAUGUGGAGGAUUUCCUCUUGACUCAUAGGAUAUUUAUUAAAAAUUCACAAGAAGUUACCCAAAAGCUUUUGAGUUGGUUUGAGGCCGAUGUCAAUGGGGUAGAGCCAGUGCCAAAGUUUGCCAGUCAUGCCACGCCGCAGGAGAUAAGAGAUCGUGUGACCCGCGUCGUUUUGCUUUGGGUCAACAAUCAUUUCACUGAUUUCGAAGCCGACCAUGAAAUGAUGGAGUUUUUAGAAAUAUUUGAAGCCGGUCUGGAGCGCAAGAAGUUGUUGAGCCAACUAAGGCUCUUGCAUAUUGCCUGUGCUGCCAAAGCUCGCAAUCGUUCGUGUACCUUGACGCGUUCAUCGCGUGACGAAUCGUUAAAUUUCAAUAUCAUUGGAGGCUAUGAAAUGCGUGGUGCGUGUGUGGCCACCGGCGGCUGCGGCAUAUACAUAUCACAUGUGGAGCGAGAUUCAAAAGCUCAGGAGUCCGGAUUGAAGAGGGGCGAUCAAAUUCACGAAGUGAACGGUCAAAGCUUCGAGCAUGUCACCAGUAAACGGGCUCUCGAGAUCCUUAUGGGUUCCACACAUCUCAGCAUAACGGUCAAAAGCAAUCUGUUGGGUUUCAAAGAAAUGAUGCAGGCUGUGGAAUUGACCGCCAGUGGUGGCAUGAACGCUGCCAAUGGCAAUAUGGCGGGUUCAAAGUCGCUGCGAAGUCCCCGUCGCAUAUGUGCCAAUGAUGUGGCUAAACUGCAUGGCAGAGCCGAUUCCACAACUGACGACUUAUCAGCAGCAGCAGCGGCGGCCGCCGCAGCCGCUAAUCGGGCCCACAUAGUGAGACUCAGCUCAGUUGAUAUGCUGUUGCACUCUUCCGGAGGUGAAGACCAAACCGAUCGCGGUCUACCCAGUCCUGGCACCCCAAUUCAGUCGGCCGGCAACAUGGCUUCUAAUUUUGUAAACAAUUUGCUGCAAUCGGUUAAUGCCUCAGCGAAAAAAGAUGCCAAUGGCAUGCAAGGUGGAGGAGGUGGUGAUAGCAAAGGCGGAGGUUUUAUGACCUUGGCGCCCAAGAGACGGCUACAAAAGGCUUUGGCCAAAAUGAAUUUGCUGCACAAGAAUGUCACUGGUCUUCAAGCUUCCAAUCUCAACGACUCCAGUGAUGCUUUGCUAAAUGUUGCCUGUUCCGAGAAACAUAAAAGCGGUUCCCUAAGCAGUGCUUCGUCAGCAGGUCCGAAUGGACCCAAUGGAAGACUAUACCAAUCGCAGUCGAAUCCUGACUUGACAUCAUUGCAAUAUGAGGAUAAUUCAGCAACAUCGGCUACGCUGAAUCCCACCAGUUAUCUAUCGGCCUCUGUGCAUAGGCCCUCUGCGGUUUCAACCACGGGCAGUUUGGUGCCCGACUAUCCCGAACAUGUUCUAAAGGUGUUCAAAGCGGAUCAAACCUGUAAAUAUUUGCUUAUCAAUAAGGAGACUACAGCCCACGAGGUGGUUAUGUUGGCACUGCAGGAAUUCGGUAUUCACGAUCCCAGUUCGAAUUUCUCUUUGUGUGAGGUCAGUGUGGGUGAGGGGGGCAUGGUGAAGCAAAGGCGAUUGCCCGACCAAUUGCAGAAUUUGGCCGAACGCAUAGGAUUCGCCUCACGUUACUAUUUGAAGACCAAUGGCAUUUCGGAGACCUUGGUGCCUGAUGAAUUGGCCUUGGAAUUGGUAAGGGAAUCCAAUGUACAUUUUCUACAGCUCAAUGCCUAUGAAUUGGCCAUACAACUGACGCUGCAAGACUUUUCCAUCUUUCGGCAAAUUGAAUCUACCGAAUACGUCGAUGACCUGUUCAAUUUGAAAACCAAAUAUGGAGUUCCAAUGUUGAGCAAAUUUUCGGAAUUGGUCAACAGGGAAAUGUUUUGGGUGGUUACUGAAAUUUGUGGCGAGCACAAUAUUGUAAGGCGUAUGAAAAUAGUUAAGCAGUUUAUCAAAAUUGCCCGCCACUGCAAGGAAUGUCGAAACUUCAACUCAAUGUUUGCCAUCAUCUCUGGUCUGGGUCAUGCAGCUGUUUAUCGCUUGCGUCAAACUUGGGAGAAAUUACCCUCAAAGUAUCAGAGGCUAUUUUCCGAUCUCCAAGAUCUCAUGGAUCCUUCGCGUAACAUGUCCAAAUAUAGACAACUGGUAUCUUCGGAGUUGCUUAACCAACAUCCCAUCAUACCGUUCUAUCCCAUAGUGCGUAAAGAUUUGACCUUUAUACACUUGGGCAACGAUACCCGCAUUGAGGAACUCAUCAAUUUUGAAAAGUUGCGUAUGAUUGCCAAGGAAGUGCGUUUGCUGUCGCACAUGUGCUCCUCGCCCUAUGAUUUGUUGGCUAUAUUGGAGUUGAAGGGCCAGUCGCCGUCGAAUGCCAUGUUUUCGCUUAACCAAAUGUCUACAUCGCAGGGAGGAGCUAGCAAUCAGGGGCCCACCCUUAUAGCAGCAAAUGCCGGUAAUGCCACCAUUAAACGACGAAAGAAAUCCACAGCUGCUCCCAAUCCCAAGAAAAUGUUCGAAGAGGCUCAAAUGGUACGAAGAGUUAAGGCGUACCUAAACAAUUUGAAAAUUAUCAAUGAUGAAGAUAUUCUUCACAAAUUCUCACUGGAAUGUGAACCAGCACAUACAUCGACCAAUUCCACCUCCUCACAACAUGGUGGCAACUCCUCACGAACGGGAGGAGACCAAUUAAGCAUUUAUUCCCAUACUUCCAAUUCCUCCUCGGCACCCAAUUCGUCGCUGUCGCUGCGAAAACGUCACCCCUCCUCGCCCACACUCUCAACUACCUCCUCCACAUCAUCUACCAGCGACAACAGACGCAAUAUGAAUCCCAACUGUCCAAAAUUUGGUACAGCUUCACCGCAAGCGGUGCGAAAAAUUCUUUCGCUAUCGGAGUCUACAAAAAUUCGGCCCCAUCAACCCUUUCCAAGGCCACCAGCAACGCUGCCCGGUAAUAUACCAUUGUUGAGUAAUCCGCAUCUGCAUGCACACGGUUUCAAUGCGGCGGGAGUGCCAGUGGCUUUGGCCUCCUCCUCCACGCCCACACCAAGUCCUUGCUCACAUCGACGUUUGGUUUCAGGAAGUAGCAAUUCAAUGCCAGCCACUUUGAUACCUCCCCCCGUACGUUCGAUACAUGAACGUUCCCAUUCAGAUACUCCAGCACCUCCACCACCCUUGCCUUCGGUGGAUUUGAAUGCUGAAAGUAGUAGUGUAACUACUUUUCGUGAUCUUCCUUUAAGGAAGUCAGUAACCUCUGGAUCGGUAUCCUCAAACGAUAGUGGGCAUGGUUCUUAUGCUCAACAUGACACAAGCUCUUCUUCGUCUGUUUACACAGCGGCCGAUUGUCGUCUGUUGCAGCAGAUUUCGAAUACAGCAACAGCAACGACGACACCACGUAACAUAAAUACUUCUCAGUGCAAUACGCGUGCAUUAUCGCCACAACUCCAUACACUGCAACAACACCCAUUACCCGGGACACCACAACCGACACCACCACCGACUACACCCACUAUGAAUGCACCAACGCCACCACCUACAACACAACUACUGCAGCAGCAACAACAUCAACCACCGCCAUUAACCCCAACACCACCUCCAUACUUAAUGAGAGGCCAAAAUAUGCCCAUGUACCCGAAUGGCGGUGGUGGUGCUGGUUGUGUUGGUGUUAGCGGUAACCUUUCACCACAUACUGCACCACCAUUGCCACCGCAGCAUUUGAAUAGGCCAUUGUCACCGGCGGUGGCAGUGGCAGCAGCGCUACAACAGAGUAUGCCACCACCUUAUGCAACAGCUGCAGCUAUGCUCCAUCAUAAUCAUAGACAUUCCAAUAUGCAUGGUGCUGCCUGUCCUAUGUGUCCCAUGCCUCCAAGCCAAUAAAAAUAAUUUAUUUACAAAAACAGUAUAUAUGCCAAAUUGAUGAUUUUCCGUAAAAAUACAACAAGAUGCCAGACACUACGAGCACAGACACAACAGAUACACACACAAACACACAAAACACAUAUUUAUAUGGACGAAGAAAAAGGAGAAGACGUGCAGUUUAUUUGUUGUUUUGAAUGUUAAAAAAAGAAUAUUCAAAAGUCGCCCCAUCCCCCGAGAUACCCAAAGUCUGCAGGCGGACCAAACUCCUUCUAUGGCAUAAAGGACUCCUCUCCUCAGACAGACAGACAGACACUUCAGAUCAGAUAUAAUAUUUAUAUAUAGAAAAAUCAAAAACAAAAGAACUACUUAAGCUCUUCUUUAAUGAUGAUGUAUUUUUUUUUUAAUUUUUGUAUUUAUAGCUCAUAUAUAUAUAUAUUUUGGUAUUAUGUAGAAUAUAUGUAGUUCUUUUUUUUAUUUUUAAAUUUAGUACUAAGUUUUACAAAAAAAGCAAAAAAAACAUUAACUACAAUUCCGCCAAAUUUACACUAAACGAGAAUACUGCUGAAACUAUAGAAAAUUUAACAUGAACAACUAUACAAAAGUUAAAAAUUAAGAAACAAAAACAAAAGAACUCUCACAAACACAAAACAAAGAAAACUUUAAAAAGACUUACUUACCAAUGUACAACUAUAUAAUUUUUUCGAUUGAUUACUUUUUCGUGAUUAAACAAAAGAUUUUGCUCUUAUUAAUCCUCCCCCCCAGUCUAAAAUUGAAACUAGCAACUCGAAAGUAAACCUUUUCUUACAUAAAAAUAUUUAUAUUUUGAUAAUUAUUUUUAUAAGGAAAAUAAGAAGAAGAAGAAGAAGAAAAGUAGUAACAAAAACCACUCGAAUCAGGCUUGAAUACAUAUGUCGACAUAUAAAUAAAUUAUAAGAUAAGUGUAAAUUUAAGAAGACUAUCCGCUUCCAUCCCCUGCCCCCUAUAAGAUGGGUAUCUAUCAUCAUUUUUCAUAUUCAUACAUACAUAUAUACAAAAACAAAAAAAAAACAAAAA